AUGAGAAUGAUCAGGCAGCAGCUGGCGGCACAUGCGCUGUUCUGCUACAAGGUUUUCUGGGAGCUCAUGUUCCAUUUCGUGCGGGAGGGGGAUGGCACGUGCCUGCCUGUUCCUGACCUGGAGCAGCCAGGGGCAGGCCCUGGGGACCUGCAGAGGCUGCAGGAUGCCAGCACUGCCGUCCUGGAAAGGCUCAUGAAGCUGGAGGCUGAAGUCAAGUAUGUCAGCACUGAGCUGCGUGCAGAGAAAUUACUGUGGAGCAGCAGGUACCUGGAGCUGCUGAGGGAGCAGCAGGAGCUCCAUCAACAGUUCCAGGAGUGGGGACGGAGCCAGGGGCCCAAGGCCAAGGACAUGCAGAGCAAAGCCGAGGCUCCCAGUCUGGAUGGAACUGAUGGGUGGUGCAUGGGAGAUAGCGGCCUCCAGACGUCGCCAGCACCUGGAUGCCCAGGGCCCAGCCGCACCCUGGUACCCGGGCAGCCGUGCCAUGUUCACCACGGACCCUGCAUCUCGGGCACAGAGCCAAGGUCCUGCUGCAGUCAGGCGGGAUUGGUGUGGGUUCCAUCCGGUACCUGGGGGUCUUCCCCGACCAGGCCAAGUUCUCCGUGGGAGUGGAGCUAGAGGCCUUGAGUCAUGGGGCACACAACAGCAUCCUGGUGGGGCACUGCUGCUUCCCUUGCAAACCCGGACACAGAGUGCUCGUGCCCUUCCGCAAAGUGCUGAUGGUCUGGGAUUAGGCCCCUGCGUGCGGCAUGGCGCUGAGCGGGAUACAUUCGUGGGGGGAGAGGAAAUGGCCUUUGCCCAGGGCUGGAACCAUGGGGCACAAGAGGGGCCAGGAGAAAGAGCCCAGCAUGACUGAGCAGCAGCGAGAUCCAGUGCUACAGGCCUGAGCAGUGUGGAAAGCCAGAUGUGUGGCAGGACCCGUUCCACCAGCAGCAAGUCGUCUUGGGACCUCGGGGGCUGUCACUGCCUAAUGGACAAUGCCAGGCUGGGGCCGGUUUACCUUGUGAGUGCCCGGCCAAGCACUGUCUGCAGGGCAGAGGAGCCUAGGCAGAGCCCACUGCCCUCCCGCUAGGCAAGGCUAGAGCUGAGGGGAAGGAUCAGCUCCCUGCUAGCCAGGUUUCCUCUCAGGGGACUGUCACUGGGUCCCUGGGCACGCUGCCUGUGUUCGGCUACUUCCUGGCAGUGCGGACAGGAGGGAGUUACUGGGUCUCGAUCCAGCUGAGCCGUUUCCUUGCAAGGGCUUUGCCCAGCCCUGCAGAAGGAAAAGGGGAAGGGCACAAGCCCGUGAAUGCCGUCCGCGCAGCUGGGAAAAGGGGCUGGGUGUGGCCACAGGCCCAACCUUCCUGGGCUGCAGCCAGCGCUGGAUUCAGGUCAGCCCUCACCCCAGUACCAAGCCCUGGUCUCUUUGCAGUGAGCCUCCUGUGCGCUGCAUGAGCCGAGUCUGUCUAUGGCCACCCCGCGGUUCCACGCUCACAGCAUGACCUAGUCUCUCCUUUAGUCUGCCAGUGUUUGCCUGGGCCUGGGGGGCGAUGACUUUGGUGCCCCAGGUUUUGGUGAGACGGAGGACAAGCUCUGGCUUGUUGGCAGCUGGCUCAAGCAGGCUGGGCUGAUUCACAGGAGGGCAUGAAGUGUCUUGCCCACCAGGCAGCUGCCGGGAACCAAACCAGCCACAAACCAGGGAAG